UGAAAGCUAGCCAAUCAAGCUUGGGUAUUGCGAAGGAGCGUUUCCGUCUGUGGUAGCGUCAACAAGAACAGAGACAAAGCCAAAGCUUUUUAGUGUGAGGUAUGUCUCCAGAGGGUAAACCCCAAAGUGCCCCCCUUGGUUUCAGCCCCACCAGGGAGGAUCUCCCUCUGACUCGUUGUGACCUAGACGACAGUCAUGGACCCGGAGGAGAGAACAUGGGACACAGCAGCCCCCAGACAACAGCUAAGUCUGGCCAUGAUAACUUUACCAAUGGGAAGAGCCCCUUUCUGAAAGUCCUCAUUGAUGCAGAAGCUGCUGCCAGCGCUGCAGCAAUACAGCUUGUGGCCUUCAAAGAUGCCGUGGAAGACGAAUUUGCUGCUUCUGGGAAGUCUAUUAAAGACAGAAGCCAGAUGACACGGCAGAGAGGGCUUUUGCUGGAACGGUUGGAGGAAUUUAAGCGUCUGAACAAAUCAGUGCGACGGAAGCUGAAACAUCUCCAAGAUGCAGAGAUUUAUCGAAUUGAUGCUGACAGAAAGAUGGAAACCUUACUGAGAAGAAUCAGAAAAGCUGAAAGUGAAAAUGAGCAUUUAAAAAAAGAUCUCAAUGAGACAGAGCUGAGGAUUGGAAAACUGAUGGAUAUGCGGAGAGAAGAGCAGGAGAACAUUAAAAGCGUAGUUCACACCACCAAGUCUGCAGAAGCAACUCGUGCUCGCCUGCAGGGGCAGCUGCGCAACAAGGAGGCAGAAAACAAUCGCCUGACUGUGCAGUUACGGACCCUUGAGAGAACUUUAACUGAGAAGAAGAUGGAGAUCGAUCAGCUGAAGGCAUCCUUCGCCUCCGUGACGAAAAAGGCAGCGCAGGACAAGGAAUCUCUGAAGAAAGCGACGCGAGCACAGAAACUGAGAGCGGAGAGGUUUGAAGCUGCUAUAGAAAAAUGCUAUGCUCAGCUAAAGGAAAAGGAUGCUCAACUGGCUAAAGCCCGUUCUGAAAGAGACGCCAGGAGACUGCAGAAGGAGCAGAUGACGGAUGACAGAGAAAAACUUGUUGCUCAUAUAGACCUUCUGAAAAGUCAAUUUGCAGAUUUGACACUGAGGUUGCAGAAAGAGAAAGACGAGCUAAGCGCAGCUAAUGAAAGAAUGACGCGAAGGGUCGACAAACUCAUCGCUGACAACGGCGACCUAACCAUCAGUAAUGCAACGCUCAAGGCGUCAGUGACUCGGUUGGAGGAGCAGCUCGCUGAUUGCGAGUCGGCGCUCAUAGAAGAGAAAACCGUCUCUCUAGAAAGGAAACAUGAUGUGGAACAAUGCCAGUAUCAGGUUGAAGAACUUAAAACUGAGAUUGAGAGCCUUCGAAUGAAAUAUACAAAUCUACUCAGGGAAACAGAAAGGACCCGAGAGGGGAAAGAAACAGAGGUUGAGAAGGUGAGGCGGGAGCUGCAGGGGCGCGUAGACGAGCUGAGGGUUUACCCCGAGUUACUGAGCGAAGCCGAGCAGAGUCUCCUCGAAUGCCGGGAGAACCUGCAAAGCUUGGAGAGGAGCUGCUCAGAAAAGUCAGAGUCCGUUAAGCAGCUGCAGUUUAAGAUGCAGAGUCAAGCCGAGCAGCUGAGAUCAUCUGUGGAGAUGAAAGAGUCUCUUCAUGAGGCCAAUUUGAAGAUACAAGAAAAAGUCAAAGCUCUCCAAAGAAAAAUGGACCAGCUGCAGCAGGAGAACCUGGAGCUGGUACGGAAGCUCGCAGCUCAGGAGGAGGCUCUUAGCUACAGCAACCGGCAGCUGGAUCAGCGCUCCUCAGAGUGUCAGGCUCUGAACCGGCAGCUGGAAGCAGCUUUGGCGGAUGUCAGAGAGCAGGUGAACAAAGUCAAAAGCCAGGCGUCUUCCAGAGAAGACGCUCUGCAGACAAAGAUCCUGGAGCUGCAGGCUGAGAAGAGCAGGAGGGACAAUGAACUGAGGCUUCUUCGCCAAAGCAAGCAAACUGCGGAAAAACAUUUUGAGGUGCGCCUCAAGGACCUGCAGCUCAGUCUGGACCAAUCAGAGAGCCACAAGCAGAGCAUUCAGAACUACAUCGAUUUCCUCAAAAACUCGUAUAAAACAAUGUUUGACGAAGGGCUGCAAACAUCAGCUUUUGGAUCAUCGUAUUUUCUAAAAUGAUGGCUUGUAUUUUUAAUUUUUUUAAUGUGAGUAUGCACUGUAAUAUUUAUUGCAAACAAGGGGGAUGGAAUGUUUUGUCACAAACUCAAAACAGUGUUUGUUUUAUGCUCUCUUCAGAUGCUGUUUUUUUUUUUUUUUUUUUAGGUGUUGAUGGCUGAAUUUUAGCUCAGGUCCAAAGAGAGGCUGUGUAAUAUUUUUUUUUUUAUAAAUGCACACUCUCAGGUGCUAAAUGUUAAGUGUGACGUGAACCAGGUGCAGCAGCAGUUGUCCUCAUAAUAACGGGGUCAAAUUUUCUCUCUUUUUUUUUUUUUUUUUUUUUUUUUUAAUAGCAAGUUGUUGACAGCAAAAGCAUUUAAAUUAAUAUGAAACACUGUUUAAUUGCAGGCCUAGAAAUGUGAUUAUAUGUGAAUUGUUUUAUCAAAGAAGCAUCCAUACCUUUGUGUGGGGCAGUAAAUCACCAUUCAGAAGGACAAACUACUUUUGUCUUCCUACAAUAUAACAUUUAGUAGAUUUCUGUUUACGUGACCAAAAAACAUGAGCAGACUAUCUGAGGACUUGGUCUGUGUGUCUUGUUGGCUCUGAAUGUUAACCAGGCUCUGUUUCGAUUGGUUGACCUCAUAAAUGACCUGAGAGGCCAGAGCGUCCAGCAUCUCCCUGAUGGGAAAUGAGCAACUAGGGUCGGUGGAGGAUUUAGGAAACUCUGACUCAUCGUUUGAAAACAAAUGUUGAUGACGGGAAGUGGACGGUCAUCAGGAUUUAGCUGCCUUAAACACCGGGUGGAAGAACUUGAUGUUGUUGCACAGAGAACGCGUCCACUUCCUGUUUCUGCAGAUCGUCUGGGUCCAGCUGUUUGGAAGAGCUUCAUUUUAAGAGUUCCUGAGAUCAUCAGAUUUUUUUGUUUGUUUUGAGGGCUCGUCCAUGUUAAGGAGCUCAACUUCAGAUUGAAUGGUUGAUCCAAUGUGGACCGUGAGGAUUUCUGUUUCUCAGCUCUUUAAUCGGGGCAGUUGUUUGAUGGUUUAUCUGGUUCUCAAUCCUCAGUGUGCUGCAGGUCAGUUGUGUUGACCAGUUCUCAAGCCCCAGGCUCGCUGCAUGUGGAACAUUGCAAUAUUUAAUUAUUCUGGGCAUUUUUAAAUUUUGGUUGGAUCUCAGGUUCCUGCAAAUUGUUCACUGUACAUGGAUUUUAUUGUAUUUAGGUUCCUGAGUUUCUCUUGUCUGAGAACUCUGACCUGCAUGCACUCAUUACCACGCAGCACCAGUUAUCUUUGGUCUGUACUUGAUAUUUAAAAAAAAAUCUUUGGCUAACAUCCAUUUUCUGAGUAAAAAUUAAACACAAAUAAUUUGAAUGCUCAGGACUUCAAUCCUAAAAAGAUGCACAGAGCAGAACCAGGCAGGAUUAUUUAUGGAGGGAAACCCACAACUAUCUCCUGGGUGAAGGUGCACCUUUAAGAAAAAAAAAAAUUACGAAAUUUCUUUUAAGUGGUUGAGCAGUUUAUUAACAUGAACACACAAGAGGCUCAUUCUUACGCUAAAGAUUUGCCUACUUUUAUCUCUCACCCUUAGUGAUUUUGGAUAUAAUUUUUUUUAGGUUGCAGUUUUGCAAACAAAUGAACAAUUCAUUAAGCGCUGUUAUUUUGCAUGCAACAAUUGCGUUGGUCUGUGAACGUACCAAAAACUUGACUGUGAUGCACUUAACUGCUAUAUAAUGUGGCUUGGUUAUAUAUUUUUUAAUAUUGGCAGAUCUACUCUUCCGAUGUCUCAGCCAUUUUUCUUUAUGUUGCUGACUGUAAAACCAAACGUCUGUUUUUGCAGAGAUUUUUUUCUGUCCUUUUAUUUCUCAGCUGGUAUGAGAUGAAUAAGGCUGUAAAUGAUUUGUUCAGUUGUGAAGGCCAUGCUUUUGGUUUGCAAGCACAAUCGCUGAAUAACUUGAAAUUUUGGGAUAUUUCCCAAAACAUGUCGAAUCUAGUUGCUGGUGAUUUCAUAAUUAUUUUUUUUAAAUAAAAGUGAAUUGCUGGGGCUAAUCUGUCAGAGUUUGAAUAAAAACAUGUCUUUUUUUGUGUAC